AACCAUGACGUCUUCUCCAUCUCCAUCCCCGAUCCAUCAGAAACACACAUCCCUCAUCAGCUGCUCUUCAGCUGCUCUUCGAAAAAAGCAACCCAAAAAUCAUCGAGUCAAAAAACAGGUUACACAUCACCAACAAACUCCAUCGAUCGUGCAAAUCGUGAGAAGACCGCAGAAUCGAACAUGUUUGCGGCGGAGAAAAAAAUACUCCGCGUGUGA